GGGGGAGAUGCAGCGCGGAUCCCCCGGCGCACCUGCAGCCUCGGUCCGGGGAUGGGGGUAGGGGGGUGUCAGGCUCCAGGCCAGCGCGGCAGAGGCCGCUUACUCUCCACCUUGCCGCCUAGAACCUCGGGGCUCGCGGUAGGCGUGUCUUUAGGGAGAAGCUCGCGUCUGGUCUCCAGGGCCCCGGAGGUGGUCGGCCCCGCCUCUUCGCACUUAGGGUCAGGAUGCAAUGUUUCCUUUCCAAAGGAGUGUGUUUGAUCACUUGAAACGGUGAUUUACGGGCAAAUGUUAAGGAAACAACCAUGUGGCACAGAGCUGGGCAGCGGUCCCCCGAGGGAGGUUCCUGCCGAUCUGUACUAGACCCCACGGCCCCCGUCCCAGUGAGGUCUGCAGCUCCCUCCCGGCGCCCACCUUAGCGCCAGUGUGGGCGUCAGCAGCCCCUCUGGCAGGCAGGGGCCCAGAACCACAGGUCCCUCUGUGCCCCUCCAGACCCCAGGUGAAGGUCGUCGGCCUCGGUGCACAAAGAAAACAGGCAGAGGGACGCGGUGGGGGCAGGGUCGGGGGCGGUGUCCUGAAAUUCUCUCAAAGGUCACAUGUGACCUCACUGUUAUCUCCUCGCCUGAUUUAGGCAGGCAGCCUGGGCAGGGGCCGCAGGGUUAUGAGGUCCGAUCCCUGCCACCAAGGCCAGCCCAAGGCCAGCCUCCAUGCUGCAUCUGACUGGACAGGGGCUCUGGUGGGCCAAAAGAGCCCCUCCCUGAAAUGUCUCCACCUGCCACGAAUCUCACCCCAGAACCUCCAGAGACCCCUGCCCUCCCUUCCUAAGACGGAGGAACGGCUCCUUCCUGCAUUAGGUCCCCACCCCAGGUACUCCCUUUCUUACACCAGCACCCAGGCCCCAUCCCCCACCCCAGCAUGCACACACGCGCAUCUGCCCUGGCCUCCGCUGCUCUGCGCCGAGUCCUCUGUGCCACACAGCCUGCGCUCUGUCCCCCAUCUAGGGAGACCCCCCAAGGGCGAUGAGGCUCCCGCCUGGCAGGCCACCCAAGGAAUUCUCUCUCUGCCCCCUUGCCAGUAGCUGGGACAGGAGACAAAGUUUCUAUGACCCCCUCAAUAGCUACCCUCCUGUCUGCACCCUGAGGUGAACCUCAUCUGCCCCAGGGAGGGGUCCGAAGCCCGGAACUGCUCUAGCUUGUCCCCCCAGCCCCAAACACGGCUUCUGGUCUGGGCAAACAGCUCCCCACCAGGGGCCAAGCGGGUCCUGGGCUGGACUCUGGGGGGGUAGGUGGAGGGAAGACCCUCAGCUCUGUCCCAGGUAGACGGGAAAGCCCCCUGGGACGGGCCCUUCCCACGUAGCCCUUCAGCAUGGCGGGAGGGGGGCUCCCCUUCACUGGGUGUAAAGGCGGGGAACCUGAGACUCGGAAUCGCGUUAAAAACAGCUGUCCACCCUUUGUGGGGCACGAGAGUAAUCAUUUAAAGGGAUCGCCCUCACUCCAGCGCUCCCAGGCAGACCCCACCUGCCUCAGAGAGACUGGAGACGCGGCAAGGCCGGGCACCUGCCAGUCACCGGGGGUUGGACCCGCACCCCACGGCAAGAAGGGCAAACCCGGCUGGCAGUGUGUCCCGAUGCCUGGCGGCCCCGCCCCCACCCCGCCCACAGCAGUCCACGCGCAUGUGCACACACAUACUCAGCAACAGCCCCGCGCCUGCUUUCCACACGAGGCCGCAGAACAGAGGCUGGGACACGGCUGCCCCGUGCCCGGCUGGCUCAGGUACACUUGGCCUGUGCUCCAGAGCAGACCAGAACCGUCUCAUGGCAGAAUAGGGAGGAUGUGCAGGGAUGGGAUGAGGCGACCAGCCCCGACCCGGGUACCCCUCUCAUCCUUGCCCGCCCUUGGUCAGUCGUGCGACCACGGCAACGGGCCCCAGAGCUGCAGGCUCACAUCCCAGGGCUGGCUGUGCUCGCGCGCCUCCCGCCCCCCAAAGGACCCCAGGACCCACGCGCCCUGCGCCAGCUCUUUGCUGCCCUCACCCACGCUGCCCCGUACCUGGAGCCCCGUGGGGGGAUGGGAGCUUACCAGAGGUGCACACACUCGCACUUACUUGUGAGCUGGGAUUACAGCACAACUCCCCGGGUUAGCCACUCAGGUAACGCUCAUCUGGGGGAAACCCAUGACUCAGCAAUCUCUGGGGUAAAUAAUUGAACCGCAAACCCAGUUUGGCCAAGCAGUCACAUGGUAACCACAGAGCGCUGCCCGCGGUGGGCGCCAGACCCGCCGCGGCCUGGCUCCUGGCUCCGGCUCUGCGUCAGAACCCGCCGUCCACACGUCCCCACCGGCUAACAAGCCAGAGAGCUCUGGACGUGCAGGCGGCCGGCAGAGUCGGGCCUUGGAGCGCUGACAAGCCAGGGGCCUCACUACCCUCCCGCCCACCCAGCCUGUGAGGGGCUCCCCAGGCCGUCCUCCAUACCCCAGGGAAACUGCAGGCCGCGUGUCCUGGGCCAGCGAGUGAGAAGUCAAGGACGGGGCUGGGCCCCAGCAGGUGAGGUGCCCUUGGGACACAAGGGACAGUCCCAGACUUGCGCUCCAUGGCGCACCUGUGUGGUCUGAGACCCAACCCAGGAGUGUGUCCCACAGUCCCAGGUGACGGGGCAGGUGACAGACGCCAGCCACCCCCACUUCCCUCCCGGCUGGCCUCGUCUAAGAUCAGCCUCCCAAAGCGCGUCCCAGGAGUUCUGCCACGAGGACCGGGGGGUAUGGCGAGUGCUGCUGUGUGAGCAGCCCCUCCGGGAGCAAAGAUCUGGGGUCUCCCUAUCUUCAAGGUUCAACAGGGGGCACCCAGGAGGCGCUCUUCCUCCAAGCCCCAGGGCCCAUGGUGCAGCGGUGAUGGGAGGGCCGCCGGAGAGACCCCGGUGGCUUGGGUGGCGGAGAGGGGGGGCCUCUGGCGUGGACGUGGGCACGGGGAGGUGGGCCGGGAGCAGCGGAGCUGGGUCUGGCCACAUGGGAGUCUGGGUCUCUGUGCCGCCCGCUGACCCCAGCAGGGAUGCCCACCUCUGUUUCAGGUCUCCCCAGGAUGGACGUGUCCCCCGACUGCACGCAGCAGGGCGGGGGGCUGGUGCUGGUCCGCCGGCGGCCCCCAGUGUCCCCGGGCCUGCGCGAGAUGCUUAAAGCCAGGCUGUGGCGGGGCUGCUCCUGCAGCACGCGCGGGGCCUGGGCGCUGGUGCAGGACCUGCUCCCCGCCACGCGCUGGCUGCGCCACUACCGCCCGCGGGAGGCCCUGGCGGGCGACGUCAUGUCCGGGCUGGUCAUCGGCAUCAUCCUGGUGCCGCAGGCCAUCGCCUACUCGCUCCUGGCAGGGCUGCAGCCCAUCUACAGUCUGUACACGUCCUUCUUCGCGAACCUCAUCUACUUUCUCAUGGGCACCUCGCGCCACGUGUCCAUGGGAAUCUUCAGCCUGCUCUGCCUCAUGGUGGGCCAGGUGGUGGAACGCGAGCUGCUGCUGGCUGGCUUUGACCCUGCCCGGGACGGCCCGGGGUCCGGGGACAACGGCACCACCCUCAACGCCUCGGCCACACUGGUGCUCAGGCCACGGGACUGCGGGCAGGACUGCUACGCCGUCCGCGUCGCCACCGCCCUCACGCUGGUGGCCGGGAUUUAUCAGGGCCGCAGGUCUCUGGGGAGAGGGGACAGUGCCACCCGCAGGACAGGAGAAGGGAGCGGCUUUCCAGCGCCUGGAGCCCGCACAUGUGAGAGAAGCAGAAGCGAGCGUGUCCUCAUGGGCGUCCUCCGGCUGGGCUUCGUGUCCACCUACCUCUCACAGCCCCUGCUCGACGGCUUUGCCAUGGGGGCCUCGGUGACCAUCCUGACCUCCCAGCUGAAGCACCUGCUGGGCGUGAGGGUCCCACGGCACCAAGGGCCGGGCAUGGUGGUCAGCACGUGGCUGAGCCUGCUGCGCGGCGCCGGCCAGGCCAACCUGUGCGACGUGCUCACCAGCGCCACGUGCCUGGCCGUGCUGCUGGCCGCUAAGGAGCUGUCGGACCGCUGCCGCCACCGCCUGAAGGUGCCGCUGCCCACGGAGCUGCUGGUCAUCGUGGCGGCCACGCUGGCGUCCCACUUCGGACGGCUCCACGAGCGCUUUGGCUCCAGCGUGGCCGGCGACAUCCCCACCGGGUUCGUGGCCCCCCGGCUGCCCGACCCUGGGCUGAUGCGGCGCGUGGUGCUGGACGCCGUGCCCCUGGCGCUGGUGAGCUCCGCCUUCUCCUUGUCCCUGGCGGAGAUGUUCGCCCGGAGCCACGGCUACUCCGUGCGAGCCAACCAGGAGCUGCUGGCCGUGGGCUGCUGUAACGUGCUGCCUGCCUUCUUCCACUGCUUCGCCACCAGCGCCGCCCUGUCCAAGAGCCUGGUGAAGACGGCCACCGGCUGCCACACGCAGCUGUCCAGCGUGGUCAGCGCCGCCGUGGUGCUGCUGGUGCUGCUGGUGCUGGCGCCGCUGUUCCGGGACCUGCAGCGGAGCGUGCUGGCCUGCGUCAUCAUCGUCAGCCUGCGCGGGGCCCUGCGCAAAGCUCGGGACGUCCCGCAGCUGUGGCGGCUCAGCCCGGCCGAUGCGCUGGUCUGGGUGGCCACCGCGGCCACCUGUGUGCUGGUCAGCGUCGAGGCGGGGCUGCUGGCGGGCGUCCUCCUGUCCCUGCUCAGCCUGGCUGGCCGCACGCAACGCCCACGGGCCACCCUGCUCGCUCAGAUUGGGGACUCGGGCUUCUACGAGGACGCCGCGGAGUUUGAGGGCCUGGUCCCUGAGCCGGGCGUGCACGUGUUCCGCUUCGCGGGGCCGCUCUACUACGCCAACAAGGACUUCUUCCUGCGCUCGCUCUACAGACUCACGGGGCUGGAUGCGGGGACGGCGGCCACCACGAGGAAGGAGCGGGGCCCGGAGGCCAGGGUCGGCGAGGGAGACCCCGUCGAGGGCACGGACCCGGGCCCAGCCAGCAGCACGGCCGCACGGCUGGUGCCCCCGGCGGCCGGCUUCCACGCGGUGGUCAUCGACUGCGCUCCGCUGCUGUUCCUGGACGCGGCCGGCGUGGCCGCGCUGCAGGACCUGCGCCGAGAUUACAGGGCCCUGGGCAUCGCGCUGCUCCUGGCCUGCUGCAGUCCCCCCGUGAGGGACACCCUGAGGAGAGGCGGGUUCCUCGGGGACGACACGGAGGACGCCGCCGAGGAGGGGCAGCUGUUCCACAGCGUGCACAGCGCUGUGCAGGUGGCCCGAGCCCGCCACGGGGAGCAGACGGCCACCGACUCCACCCUCUAGCGCGGCCGGUGCCCGACGCCAGCCUGACCGCCCUUCCGGGAGCCCUGGGCAGACAGCCUCACGCCAUCGGUCACUGACAUCAAUGAGCACAGUCGCCACUGCCCCGCCCCCCACCCCCCCCCCGCCGCCCCCGCCCCGAGACCGAUGCUGUGCCCUGGAAGAACCAGGGAACACACAAAGGACUCGGACACUUGAACAUCCAGGAACUACGCCUUUGAAACAAGCCACCACAGCCACCCCGGGCCCUGGUGCUGUGUGUACGCGAUGCUGCAGGGUCAGUCUGACGCUGGCUGUCACCGUCUCGUUUGAACGAGGGCCCGAGGCAAUCACGAGGCCCCCCCUUGGCCCGCCGGGCCCCAGUCCCACUGGCCACAGCGGGAGGGCCUGUGUCUCUGGGAGCCCUUCAAACACACACCCGAGUGCUCCUUACAUCUCACGCCUCGGCCAGGCUGAGCUUCGCAAGGCCAAAGGUGGGGUGAUCGACCCAAGUUCCGCUCAGCCCUUGGGCGGCGCUCCUGCAAAGCCUGACCUGAGGACACGGGGCACCAGGUGCGUGGGCGCACGCUCUCCGGGGCUGGCUCCAGCCACAAAGCUGGCACAGCGGGACACCCACCUGACCCCGAGCCUCCAAGUCCUGUCCGGUGGGAAGCCAGCUGUGCCCAAACUCGGGGCUGCCCCGGCAUCCCCCACGGCCCCGCGCGGCCUCCUCCACGGAGGACGUUUUGCCAGGAGGUGUCAGGGCACCCCCUCCGCUCUGCCCCCCAUCACAGCCCACACUGCACCACACUGUCCUCCCGGACGCUGCCUCCUCUCGGCCUUGGUCUUCGUCUCCAGUAAGGGGGCUCUGCCCAGCUGCCCCCAUCACUCACCUGGCCGUGAUGAGCUCCAGCAGCCAGUGGGUCCGGACCUGCUCGAUGCCGCCGUGGGGGACAGCGCCCACGUAGGCCAUGUUGAGCUGCUGGUCCCAGCUGAGGUCAUACUGGUCAGCCUGGCUGUGAGGCAGUGGGGGACUGGGGACAGAACAAGGGGGAGUGGGCCAUUAGUCCCCAGGGGCGGGGCACCAGAACAGCCCCUGCAGCUACAAACCCAGGGCCCCAGAUUGCCCCGGGACACCAGUCCCCAGCAGCUGGACCCUGGAGUGCCCGCCGAUGAAUUUUACUGUCCCUGUUGUAAUAAAAUGGCCCCUAACACCAGGAAUGCCA